UGCAUACACACACAGAGACACGCUCGUGCUUCCUGAAACAAAUUGAUCGCAUCAAAUUCCUGAAUAUUUAGCAGAAAUGACGCAUAGGUUAAAUGAAACAUGAUCCGUGUGUUCGUCUUUGACGGUUGGUGAUUUAAUGGCAGAUUUGCUGUGUAAAUAUCCUCGUGCAGGUAUUAUUAAAGCUGCAUCUAUGAUAUGAUGUAAAGGCAGGCCGUUUAUCAUCGGACGUCAUGUGAUACCUGCACAGGUGGACUGACCACUGCGUAACGUUAACUCUGCUGACCUUCACACCUGAGCAUCAUCCGUUUGAAACAUGGACCAUCCGAAUGACAGCAAGAAGACAGAGCCCAGAGUCAACGAGAAGAAAUGCUCAUGGGCGUCGUACAUGACCAACUCACCCACAGUGAUCGUAUUGGUCGGUCUUCCUGCGAGGGGAAAGACUUAUAUCUCUAAAAAACUUACACGCUACCUCAACUGGAUUGGGGUCCCAACAAAAGUCUUUAAUCUGGGUGUUUAUAGACGUGAGGCCGUACAGUCAUACAAGUCCUACGAUUUCUUCCGUCAUGACAAUGAAGAGGCCAUGAAAAUCAGGAAGCAGUGUGCGAUUGUGGCUCUUAAAGAUGUGAAGUCGUACCUGAAUGAGGAGGGCGGGCAGAUCGCUGUUUUUGAUGCCACAAACACGACAAGAGAGAGAAGGGAACUCAUUUUGAGUUUUGCACAGAGGAACUCGUAUAAGGUGUUUUUUGUGGAAUCACUUUGUGAUGAUCCAGAAGUCAUAGCUUCCAACAUCCUGGACGUGAAGGUGUCCAGUCCAGAUUAUCCUGAGCGAGACAGAGAAAGCGUUAUGGAGGAUUUUCUUAAAAGGAUCGAGUGUUACAAAGUCACAUAUCAACCGUUAGACCCCGACCAACAUGACAAAGAUCUGUCCUUUAUCCAGGUGAUAAACGUGGGUCAGCGUUUCCUGGUGAAUCGUGUUCAGGAUUAUAUUCAGAGUAAGAUCGUUUACUACCUCAUGAACAUUCACGUACAAAAGCACUCCAUAUAUCUGUGUCGACACGGAGAGAGCCAACACAACGUCCAGGGCUGCAUCGGAGGAGAUUCAGAGCUUUCCAGCAGAGGAAGAGAGUUUUCUAAAGGCCUCCGCAGGUUCCUGGAAAACCAGAACAUCCCGGAUCUGAAGGUGUGGACCAGUCAGCUCAGACGCACCAUCCAGACAGCGGAGGAACUUGGCGUCCCGUACGAGCAGUGGAAAAUACUUAAUGAGAUUGAUGCUGGUAUCUGUGAGGAGAUGACCUAUGAAAAGAUAAAAGAAACAUACCCAGAUGAAUAUACUCUAAGAGACCAGGACAAAUAUCAUUACCGGUACCCAGGUGGAGAGUCGUAUCAGGAUCUGGUCCAAAGGUUGGAGCCUGUCAUCAUGGAGCUGGAGAGACAAGGAAACGUAUUGGUCAUCUGUCAUCAGGCCGUCAUGCGAUGUCUGCUGGCGUAUUUCCUGGACAAAAGCGCUGCUGAUUUGCCGUAUCUGAAGUGCCCUCUUCAUGCGGUCCUCAAACUCACUCCAGUAGCUUACGGCUGUAAAGUUGAAAUGUUUGAUCUGAAAGUAGAAGCUGUGAAUACACACCGGGACAGACCACUCGGAGGAAGAAAACAGGAGAUGCCCCGGACUCUGCUCAGGAGAAACAGCUUUACUCCACUGUCGAGUCAAGACCAAAUAAAGCGUCCUCGUCUUUUCAGCGUGGGCAAUCCACCGCGGCUACCAGUCGUUCCCGUUUUAUCUUCCACGCGCUUGCCAGGCGCACCGGAGACUGAGGAACUGAAUGAAAGCCAGGAAAUACUGGACUGCUUCAGCCCGGGAGACUCAAAAGACGCCGUCCAGCAGUAAAAGCACAAACAAACCAGGAAUUGUGAGGCUCCGGAUAACGUAACUUAUAAAUUUUCCACAUGUCAACAAACUCAAAGACCUGUUUCAAACCUUUGGUGGUAGUAAAAUUCGAUGAAGGUUGAGGUUCAAAACGACUUGUAUUCAUUUUAAGCUUACACUGUUACACUGAUUGACCGCUUGUGAGACCAAUAACGGAAACGUUUAAAGCCAAACUGAUUAGAGUGGGUGUGGCUUGUACCGGUUAAUCUGAUUGGCUUUUCAGUUUCAGCUAAAAUCUGUUGUUUGAUAAAACAUUGAGAUAUUAUUUCACUGUAAAAAAAUUACGUAGAAAUUUGCAGCUGGGUUGCCGGUAAUUUACCGUAGAUUUAAAUUUAUGUUAUUUACUGGCAAAAUUUUGUUCAAAGUUAAAUAAACAUUAAACAUUUACAAGUCUUUGUCUUUACAGAAUAAACUAGAAAAACAGCAUCAAGCAAAACAUUCUGAGAAACAAAAUCUGAAGCAAAAAACAGAAAAAGGUUGAUGAUGAUUUCUGGUUCCCAGAAUGCUUUGCAUGAGGCUGUUAUUGUAUAGUUUUAUUCUGUAAAGAUUAAGACUUGAUAAUAUUUAAAAUUUAUUUAACUUUGAACAAACUAUUGCCAGUAAAUAACAUAAAUUUAAAUCUACGGUAAUUUACCGGCAACCCAGCUGCAAUAACAUUGUAAUUUCUAUGGAUUUUUUUACAGUGUUAUAUUGUAUUUUUGAUCGAUUCAGCAUCUGUUUUAUUGUGUAUGCAUUACGAUUGUCUAGUUAUGUGACUGCCACAAAUAGCUUUAAACUCUUUUAAUUGAUGUUUUAGAUGUUAAUUGUUUGUGUUGCUUUUGUUUGUGUGUCUAUUACAGAGUCGCAGCGCUUUCUAAUACAGUAGUUCUUGUUUUGGUGUUUGUUAAUAUUUUAUUGAAUGUAAUAAAUGUCUUGUGAUUUUUUUUUUUUUUAUUAAAAUCACCUUUUAUAAAUCUAAGAAAGUACAUCAGGGGGUUUUAAUAGAAAAGUGAUUGUUAGUGAAUGAUGAUACUCAAGGAAAACUUGACUAUAUAUUCAGUCUUGAAAUGUUCUUUAUAUGGUUGUUAUAUGAUGAUUGUCAAACUAUUUUUUUUUACCUCUAUUCUGUCGAUCAUUUGAAGCUACUGAAAAUAUUCCUACAUAUUUGAUAAUUAAACUUAUCCUAAGCUGUGAAAAGAUGCAUUUAAUAUUUCGUUAAAUUUUGAGCGUUUUAAUUUGGACUCGAGUGUUUAACUUUUUGGAAGUGAAGCACAUGCUUUUAAAUUGGUGAUGUAAUAUACCUCAUGUAUACUGAAUAUUACAGUAUUUAGUAUUACUGUAUUCCAACAAAAGAAAGUCUAGUGUCUGCAUUACAGUUACCUGCCGCUUAAUCCUAAUUAGGGUUGCAAAGCUUUGGAAUUUUGGAAAAUGUUCCAAGUUGGAAAUUAUUUGUAAAUUUUGGGUAAUUUAUAAAAACUAUAAUCACAAACAUCAACUUUCUCAAGAUUUGACUGAUCUUCAUCUGUGUGCCACAAAUCCCCUAUAUUCCUGUGUGAUUUUUGUGGACAGUUUCCAAUAUUCCCAGAUUUUUGCAACUCUAUUCCUAAUAGACUUUACAGGCGAAUGUAAAUGUGAUGACGUCACUGGAUUGUAUUAUUGGACCUGUAAGUGCCUUCACAUCGCAACCCAAAGUGUAACCAAUGCCACAAACGUCGACCUCGCUUGCUGCAAACUAAGUGCUCUUCCGCCAUACAAUAUAGUUAUCAUUUUUAUCCGCUUAAAAAAUCACCACGUUUUAUUUUGUGCCACCAUACUUACUCGUGUAACAGUCUGUUAAUAGGGAAAACAUGGAAGUGUUCGGUGGCAUCCCUGUUUGGAUCCUAAGGAAUGAAUGGGGCUAGGCUAAAUGCUAACACAUUCACGACGUGCUGUACAAAGAUGAAGUGCAUGCAUUGAAAAAAAGAUGCAUGUAUUAAUUGAUCUAAGUUGAGGUAAGAACAUAGUAAUAUAUUGAUAAACUGUGGUGUUUUCCUUUAAAACCAAAUCCUUUAUUGUAUUGCAUUGUAUUGCAAGAGAUUUUUGCAUUCUGGUUUCUUUGUAAAAACAAUAUUAAUCCUAACUGUAAUGUAAUGUCAUGCAAAUCUAUUGAUACGGCAUCUGUGAUCUAAUAAACUUCUGAUAAAAAAUA